AUGCUGCUGGAAGCCGUCAAGAGCAAGGUGCUUGAGUUAGGGUCCGUGCUUGAUGUAGAUUGGGGGCUUGAGCCAGAUCCCGUGCUUAUGCUUGACACCGUGCUUAAGCUAGACUCUGUGCUUAAGCUCGACUCCGUGCUUGAGCUGCUAUCCGUGCUUGAGCUGCUAUCCGUGCUUGAGCUGCUAUCCGUGCUUGAGCUGCUUUCCGUGCUUGAGCUAAACUCUAGGCUCGGGCUCGAAAUCGUGAUUGGAUUCAAGGUCGUGCUAGAUUGUACGCUGCUAGUCGUCGUUAGGGGCAUUGUGCUUGAGUCAGGGAAUGAACUUGACAGCAUGCUGCCAGCCGUUGAUGACAGGACAUUCGAGCUGGAGCCCGAGCUCACGUCCCCCGUUGUUGUCGAUAAGGUAGCUGAGCUUGACUCUACAUUGAUCGACGAUGACGUAGUCACUGAGCUGAACGUAGAAAACUCGGUAAUAGAUGUUGUCACGGUCGUCAAAGCAGGCACAAUUACGGUGUUUGAUGUCUCUUCCUCCGUGCUAGUCGUCGUGGAGGAAGGUGUACUGGAGCCGACGGAGAUGGACGAUGAAGAUGAAGUCGAGGUCCUCACAGGAAAGCUCGUGACUGCACUAAUGCUCGUUGCUACAAGGGAACUCGUAAUUCCAGAAGCGCUCGUUACUCCGGAAGAACUCGCCACUUCGGAAGUGUUCGUGACUUCAGAGGAGGUCGUAACUGCAGAAGAGCUCGUGGUUUCGGAAGUGCUCGUGGUCUCAGGGAAGCUCGUGUCUGUAGACGAUCCUGUCGUUUCUAGUGAAGAGGUGGCGAGUCCAAUCGUUACUGAGGAGUCUGUGUUCGGAGUAGAAGCUGAAGAUUCAGAUGACGGAAUAGAUCCAGUGGAGAUGAGCGUCGAAAAAGAGUCAAUUUCAGUAGACGUCGAUGAAACACCUACACUUGAUGAUGAGGAUGAUGUAACACCCAAUUGUGAGGAAGAGCUCUCGGUGACUAAAUCUGUGCUAGCGGAACCCGACGGGUCUUGUGUGUUGCUACUCAACGUUGUUCCCAAGGACGUAGUAGAAAAAUCAGGAGCACUGGAACUCGAUGUGCCUGGUGCGGAGCCGAUGGACGUUGCAGUAGAUGGACUUACGGAGACUGGAGUCGAUGCAUCCUGCGAGAUGCUACUCAAGGAUGUCUCCACAGACGUAGGAGACAAGCUUGUAGAAGUAGGAUUGGACGUGGCUUGUAGGCUAUCACUCGAUGUUGUUUCCACGGUCGUAGUAGACAGAUCUGUAGUGGUAGUACCGGACGCAUCUUGCGUGCUGCUACUCUGCGUCGUUUCCACUGAUGAGCUGCUGCUAGAUCCGCCAGGAGAGGCACUUGACGUUGUGGUAUAUUGUGAUGCAGUAGUCGAAACCUCAGCGCCUAAGGAAGAGAGUGAUACACUGCUGCUAGGUAGCGACGAUACCGAGGAGCUCAGGCUAAUCGGCGUCGUGGAAGAGUAA